AUGGUCCCCAACAAGUUUUCCGUCAAGACCUUCCGAGCUAUGGUCAAGAUCUAUGCUAAACCAAGUCGUGGACACGUCCGUCAGUUGAAAGAUCAACUUAAUGUCUUAAACAAAGGUAACAACACUAUUGAUGAGUAUCUACGUAGCCUCACCACCAAGUUUGAUACUUUUGCCAGUUUGGAAGCACCGAUUCCACAUGAUGACAAGAUUGAGCAUAUUCUUGAUGGUUUGCCAGAAGAAUACUGUUCCAUUGUUGAUCAAGUUGCAAGCAAAGAUGUUUCACCGUCUAUUGCAUAUGUGCAUGAGCGUCUCCACAAUCAUGAAGAUAAACUUCUCGCCAAAGUUGCUUCUCCUGCUCUUCCAGUCACCGCCAAUGUUGUUACUCAUCGCAAAAAUCAUCACCAUCGGUUCAACAAUGCUGCACGUCACAAUACCAAGGUCAGCAACAAUAAUACUCCUCAGACGUGGCAGCCUAAUCACAACAAUGCUCAAAAACGUAACUUACGUCCAUACCUUGGCAAGUGUCAAUUCUGUAAUGUUCAAGGUCAUUCAGGGAGACGGUGCCCUCAACUACAAAAUCGCAACAAUGCUUAUCCGCUGUCCACUACCAGUCCGUUCACGCCAUGGCAGCCUCGUGCCAAUCUUGCCAUUGGAGGCUCGUAUGGUCAUGAUCCAUGUGUCAUGGAUAGUGGAGCGACACACCACAUGACCAACGAUCUUGGUAAUCUCUCUAUUCAUCAACCUUACACUGGUGGUGAUGAUGUGAUCAUAGGCGAUGGUUCUCCUCUUACGAUUCAGCAAACUGUUUAUCGUCUUUGUAAUGCUAAUCAAGUGUCGGUUGCAUUUUUCCCUACUCACUUUCAGGUGAAGGAUCUUCGUUCGGGGGCACUUCUUCUUCAAGGCAAAACCAAGAAUGAGUUGUAUGAAUGGCCAGUCAUGACUCCACCACCUACGGCUCUCUUUGCUUCUUCAAGUCCUAAAACAACGUUAGCUUCGUGA